CAUUAUUCUGGGCCGCAGGUGCCGUGGCGACCAGUUCCCGUGUCAUCUCCUGGCGUCCCGGCGCCGAGGCGGCGGUCCCCAAGGCCGGAGCCGCUGCGGGAGCCCCCGCAAUGAAUGAGAGUUCCUGUUGCUCCACAUCUUCACCAGCAUUUGGUGUUGCCAGUGUUCUGGAUUUUGGCCAUUCUAAUAGGUCUUAUAGAUGAUGUUCUCCAAGCUCUAAGGAAGAAGGCAAGCAAGGAUUGAGGGGCUCUAGAGAGGAGCCUUUCUUAAAUAACAACAAUGACAAGAGAAAAUUGGGCCCACAGUGCUCUGAGACAAGAGGGCCUUGUUAAAGGGAAGGAUGAUACCUGGAAGUGGGGAACCAGCUUCCAAGGGAGCAGCUCCUCUGUUUGGGAGACCUCCCACCUGCACUUUAGACAGUUACGUUACCAUGAGACAUCUGGACCCCGGGAGGCACUGAGCCGGCUCCGGGAGCUCUGUCGCCGGUGGCUGAGGCCAGAAGCACGCACCAAGGCACAGAUCCUUGAGCUGCUGGUGUUGGAGCAGUUCCUGAGCAUCCUGCCCGGAGAGAUACGGACCUGGGUGCAGAUCCAUCGCCCCGGGAGUGGUGAGGAGGCAGUGGCCCUGGUAGAGGAGCUGCAGAAAGACCUCGAUGGACCAGCACUAAAAGUUCCAGUCCUUGUCCAGGAUCAGGACACUCUCCAGGAGGGUCUCAGCACUCCAGGAAUAGCACUUCCUCAUGCACCCACUGGCAGCCACAUAUCAGCUGAAAUUCGCUCAAAUCCUCUUACUGACCCAGUGGUGUUCAACUUGCUCCAAGAUCCUCAACAUGAUUCUCCUGCCCCUGAAGCUUCUGCCCUUUCCCAGGAAGAGAACCCAAGAAAUCAGUUAAUGGCUCUCAUGCUCCUGACAGCCCAGCCCCAGGAAUUGGUGAUGUUUGAGGAGGUAUCAGUAUGCUUCACUUCAGAGGAAUGGGCAUGUCUGGGCCCAAUUCAGAGGGCCUUGUACUGGGAUGUGAUGCUGGAGAAUUAUGGAAAUGUGACUUCCUUAGAGUGGGAGACCAUGACUGAGAAUGAGGAGGUGACAUCAAAGUCAAGCCUAUCUCAAAGAGCAGAUUCUCAGAAAGGAACAUCAAAAAGACUUCAAGGAAGUGUUCCCCAGGUUCUUGACUUUGAGGAAGAGUAUGAAUGGCAAGUUUUAGCAAGUCAGUGGGGAAAUGAAACAAGGGAAAGAGAUACACUGAAGAAAGUUUCCCUGUGUGAACGAGACAAGAAGAAAAGGACUCCACCAGAAAAACGAGGCCAAAAGUGGAAGGAAUUUGGAGAAAGCUUGACUUCAGAUUCAGCUUUUUCUGAAAGUUUAAUAGGCACUGAAGGAAAGAAGCUUUAUAAAUGUGAUAUAUGUUUUAAACAUUUCAAUAAAAUCUCUCAUCUUAUAAACCAUCGGAGGAUCCACACUGGGGAGAAACCUCAUAAAUGUAAGGAGUGUGGAAAAGGCUUUAUUCAGCGCUCAAGCCUUCUAAUGCAUUUACGGAACCAUUCUGGGGAGAAACCUUAUAAAUGUAAUGAAUGUGGGAAAGCCUUUUCUCAAAGUGCUUACCUUCUAAACCAUCAGAGAAUCCACACUGGGGAGAAACCUUAUAAAUGUAAGGAGUGUGGAAAGGGCUUCUAUAGGCACUCAGGCCUUAUUAUACAUCUAAGACGCCAUUCUGGGGAGAGACCUUAUAAAUGUAAUGAGUGUGGCAAAGUUUUCUCUCAAAAUGCUUACCUCAUUGAUCACCAGAGGCUCCACAAAGGAGAAGAACCUUAUAAAUGUAACAAGUGUCAGAAAGCUUUCAUUCUGAAGAAGAGCCUCAUUCUGCACCAGAGAAUCCACUCUGGGGAAAAACCCUAUAAAUGUGACGAAUGUGGAAAAACCUUUGCCCAGACCACUUACCUUGUUGACCAUCAGCGGCUCCACAGCACAGAGAACCCAUAUAAAUGUAAAGAAUGUGGAAAAGUUUUCAUUCGAAGCAAAAGCCUCCUCUUACACCAGAGAGUUCACACAGAAAAGAAGACCUUUGGUUGUAAAAAAUGUGGGAAGAUUUUCACUUCUAAGUCAAGCCUCAUUGACCAUAAGAGGAUGCAUAGCAGAGAGAAGCCUUAUAAAUGUACUGAAUGUGGGAAAGCCUUUACUCAGAGUGCUUACCUUUUUGACCAUCAGAGACUCCACAAUGGGGAGAAGCCCUACGAAUGUAAUGAAUGUGGGAAAGUUUUCAUUCUGAAAAAGAGCCUCAUUUUACAUCAAAGGUUCCACACAGGAGAGAAUCUCUAUGAAUGUAAAGACUGUGGCAAGGUCUUUGGUUCUAACAGAAACCUCAUUGACCACGAGAGACUCCACAAUGGGGAAAAGCCCUAUGAAUGUCGAGAGUGUGGAAAAACCUUCAUUAUGAGCAAGAGUUUCAUGGUCCAUCAGAAGCUCCAUACACAGGAGAAAGCCUACAAAUGUGAGGAUUGUGGGAAGGCUUUCAGUUACAAUUCAAGCCUGCUCGUACAUCGGAGAAUCCACACCGGGGAAAAGCCCUUUGAAUGCAGUGAGUGUGGUAGAGCUUUCAGCUCUAACAGAAACCUCAUUGAACAUAAGAGAAUCCACAGUGGUGAGAAACCCUAUGAGUGUAAUGAGUGUGGCAAAUGCUUCAUUCUGAAGAAAAGCCUCAUUGGCCAUCAGAGGAUUCACACAAGGGAAAAGUCUUAUAAAUGUAAUGACUGUGGGAAAGUCUUCAGUUACCGCUCAAACCUUAUAGCCCAUCAGAGAAUCCACACUGGUGAGAAGCCCUAUGCAUGUAAUGAGUGUGGGAAGGGCUUUACUUACAACAGAAAUCUUAUUGAACAUCAAAGAAUUCACAGUGGGGAAAAAACCUAUGAAUGUCAUAUAUGUAGGAAAGUCCUUACCUCUAGUAGAAAUCUUAUGGUACAUCAAAGAAUCCAUACUGGAGAGAAACCUUAUAAAUGUAAUGAGUGUGGAAAAGACUUCAGUCAGAAUAAAAACCUUGUUGUACAUCAGAGAAUGCACACUGGGGAAAAACCAUAUGAGUGUGAAAAGUGUAGAAAAUCUUUUACUUCUAAGAGGAAUUUAGUUGGCCACCAGAGAAUCCACACAGGGGAGAAACCAUAUGGGUGUAAUGAUUGUAGUAAAGUUUUUAGGCAAAGAAAAAACCUUACUGUACAUCAGAAAAUUCAUACAGAUGAAAAAAACUGUGAAUGUGAUGAGUCUGAAAAAGAAUUCUCUCAGACUUCAGACCUUCAUCUUCAACAAAAAAUCCAUUCUGUGGAGGAAUUCUCUUGGCUCCAAAAUGCCAAUGAGUCUAAGACAGAGAUUCAGAAAAUCUAGUAUCAUGUGUCAAAUGGAAUAGAAUCCCUGCCUACUUAAGUAACUGUUGGAUAAAUGGCAGCAUAUGGUUUUUAUAAGGAAAAAAAAUCAUGAUCACCCCUAGACAAGUAUGUUGCAUGAGGAAGAAAGUUAAUCUAGACUUUCAAGACUACAAAAACAUAAGCCAAAUUCUAGUUAAAUACUCUGUCCCAAACCAUUUGUUAUGAACCUAGAAAAGGACCUUGGAGCGAUCAGAGAUUCUGAAGA